AUGCCAAAGACACCAAAAGUUCAAUAUAGUAAUGAGAAUUUGCAGAAAGCGAUCGAAGCUGUCCAAGAUGUUUCCAACAAUUUAUCUACAAGGCAAAUUGCUGAAAAAUAUGGUGUUCCGAGGUCCAGUCUCCGAUACCACAUUAAAAAUCCGGGACAUAAAUACAGCUGCGGGCCAUCACCUACAUUACCUGUUGCUGAAGAAAGGCGUUUGAAAGAAUGGAUUAUAAUUUCGGCAAGUAAAGGAUUUCCCCGUAAUAAAGAAGAUAUUUUAGACACCGUGCAAAAGUUCCUGGUGAAAAGAUUCGCGGCCUUUGGAAAAAUAAUAUUUGAUAUACAGAUUCGGCUUAGUUACAAUUUUAUUAUAUGUGUAGAUAUAGAUACCUUGUUAUUUAAAUUUCCAUGCCAUUGUUUAGUAUUUUGUAUAGUUAUUAUAGUA